AUGGCAGUCGACGACGUCUCCUCCAGCGCUAAGGCUAGGGCCAACGAAUUGCUCGCCUAUGGCCAACAUCAUGUCGAUCGAGUCGUGAGCCCGCCUACACGACAGAAGGCCUACGACUGGAUUUACGAUUUCUCAACCGAGAAGCCUAUUCUAUUCUCUUUCGUCGCCUUUCAAUUCACCCUCUGCCUCGCUCCUCUGCUCCUCUUUGCAGGCUUUGCCGCGACAACUAUCGCUGUCUCUUUGAUCUCCGCCGUCCUGUUCUCGCUCUUUUGGAUCGGUGUCGCCACGCUCUUUCUUGUGCCGACUCUCUGCCUUACCUUCACCAUCGCUCUACUACUAUGGGCAUGGGCGGCCGCCACCUUCUUCGCUGGCCGCUGGGCCUACAAUAGGCUACCGUUCAGCGUUGAUGGGCAUGGCAGAAUAGUGGCACACGACAGCGGCGAGAAAAAGAUUAUAUUCGAUCGGAAGAACGAUACUGGCGUUGACUUGGACAUCAAGGCCGAGGUGGUCGAGGUCAAGGAAUAG